GCAUAACUGAAACUAGCAUACGUGGUCGACAUGGUGUUACUGAAGGGUACCUCUUUUCGCAUACUCAGGACCUUGAUGGCAUCUUGGUGUAUCACAACCUGCUAUUACAGCAGUAACUUGCGGCAGCAUUCUCGGUAACCGUUUGAAAACCAAUGAAUCUACCAAGAAUAGAUCACAAGCUAAUGCCUCGCUUCAUUCUCCUAUGGGGCCUGCUCAGAUCGGCCAUGAUACACUCCGCGAGAGGAGCCGUUAUGCCCGGCUUGGAAAAGAAUUCUCUCAUCGUGAUCGUGAGCUGCAGGAGGCGUUUUACCCUCAAUUUCCCGGUCAUAAAAAGGCGUGUAGGUUCGGCCGUUAUGCAGGGCCCCUUCACCGUCGGCGGUUCCGGGUGGGCACAUGGGGAAAUCACGCGAGCAGUAGCGGCCGUUGAACAACAGCUCGGAGCGCCUAGUCGUUCUGCCAGAGUCCCGCCUGCGCGCGCGCGAGCGCGCGAUCUGAGCGCGUCUCGCGUAAAAAGGCCUGACUGACUGGCCUCAGGGCUAUGGACACACGAGAUGUUCGGUUUCUCACUGAGUUAGGUUGGUACUUGGUGUAAGCAACACUCCACUCAGCCGUAAUUACCUGAACAUCAAUCUCCCGGGAUCCGCGUCCCAAAGAAAAAAAGAAAAAAAAGGCGCGUCGUCGUCGUCGCCGC